AUGUCCACCGUAAGCAUCAUCAAAGUCGAGGAUCUUACUGUCAUUCUAUUUUCUUCUGUCGUUCUACCUUUUAACUCUUCACCUAGAGAAUAA